AUGGCCGCUUCUACAGCUCGACAGUGGGGAGUCACGCCCCCCAUAUCUGCUGCUCUACCUACCCAAGAUGAGCUCGCCGCAAAUGAUGAUUUGAUCGCAGAACUGAAGCUUCAGAACAACUUCGAAAGCCCGACGGAGACGGAACAAAGAAAGCAAGUCCUUCAGCUCCUACAGCGGUGCGCCCUCGAAUUUGUCAAGCUUGUCAGUCGCAAAAAGGGAUUAUCGCCUGCCGCGGUCGAGGCCGCGGGUGGAAAGAUCUUCACAUAUGGAAGUUAUCGGCUGGGCGUGUACGGACCGGGAUCCGAUAUCGAUACCCUUGUUCUUGGACCGAAGCACGUCGUGAUCGAGGAUUUCUUUGCGGACUUCCCUCCCGUUCUUGAAAGACUGGCCCCGCAAGGGGCCAUCGAGAAGAUAACCCCCGUGCCAGAUGCCUUUGUCCCGCUCAUCAAGCUAGAACUGUCCGGCAUUAGUAUCGAUUUGAUUUUCGCCCGUCUUAUCGUCCCAUCGAUACCUCUCAACCUGGACCUGAAGAACAAUGACUACCUGAGGGGCCUGGAUGAGAAGGAGGUCCGAUCGCUGAACGGAACCCGUGUCACAGACGAAAUUCUGGAGCUGGUUCCCCAGCAGAAGACUUUCCGUUUCGCGCUACGUGCUAUCAAGUUGUGGGCGCAACGGCGAGCUAUCUAUGCCAACAUUGUUGGUUUCCCCGGUGGUGUCGCUUGGGCAAUGCUGGUUGCAAGAGUGUGCCAGCUCUAUCCCCAAGCGACCGGCUCGGUCAUUGUCGGGAAAUUCUUCCGGAUCAUGAACAAGUGGGCCUGGCCGCAGCCCGUGCUAUUGAAACCGAUCGAAGAUGGACCUCUCCAGAUGAAAGUUUGGAACCCCAAAAUCUACCAUGGCGAUCGAUUCCAUUUGAUGCCCAUCAUCACGCCCGCCUACCCAUCCAUGUGCGCGACUCACAACAUCUCGUUGUCCACCAAGGCAGUCAUUCUCCGCGAACUUCAGCGUGGAGGUGAUAUUGUCGACAAGAUAUUUUUGAAACAAGCAACCUGGAAUGACUUGUUUACCCGGCAUUCUUUUUUUACGCGCGACUACAAGUAUUACCUCAGCAUCACCGCAUCCAGCAAAACGAAGGAAACGGAGUCCGUCUGGUCUGGUCUGGUUGAAUCCAAGAUUCGACAUAUGGUUGGAGCUCUGGACCGGAAACAAACCAUCGCAGUGUCCCACCCGUUCCCCAAGGGAUUUGAGAGAGUUCACAUUGUUAGCAAUGAACAGGAGGCGGAGGCCGUCAAGAAUGGAUCCACAAAGUACCAGGAUAAAGGCACCAAAACAGAGACUACCGAUGAAAUCAAAGAUCCUGCCCACCAGGUCGCCGCAGAAAAUGGCCUGGAGAAGAAAGAGGUGGUCGAAACCGUCGAGAAGACGCCCGGAUUUUCCUCGACCAUCUACACCACGACCUAUUACAUUGGACUGGAGCUGAAGCCGUUGGAGCCAGGUUCGUCUCGGUCAUUGGAUAUUUCCACCGACGCCCAGAUCUUCAAAUCAAUGUGCACUUCGUGGCCCGGAUAUCAGCCCGGCAUCAACGACCUGGCGAUCACCCACGUCCGCAACUUUGACCUGCCAGAUGAUGUUUUCGAACCCGGGGAGACCCGACCUACCCGGCCCAAAAAGAAGGUCAUCAAGAAAUCCGAAGCAACCGCCCAGAAGCGCGGCAUUGAACAACUAGACGAUUCCUCGCAACCAGCUGCGAAGCGACAGGUCCCUGUCAACGGAGUGAACAACCAGGUCACCCCUGCCUGA